GCCCAUAGGCCCAGUUAGGCUCGUCGUCUUGGGCAUUCGCUGCCAUCUCCCAUCCAUUCUCCAUCACUGUACCGCGCGAAAACCCUAGCUACUCCCCCUCCCUCCUCGACCGGAGACCAUGGCGACGGCGAGGAUCCGAUCCGCGGCCUCCCUCCGCGGGAUCCUCCUCCGCCACUUCUCCAUGGGUCCGGCAUCAGCUCCGCACGCUGUCUCCCGAGUCCCAGAUUUCCAGGUUCCUCAGCGUAUUAUGUGGAGGCAUUUCUCAACGUGCAAGCCUAAUUCCCUUGCAAAGCUUGAGAACCUUGGUCUGGUUGCCUGUGUGUAUGGUCAGACAAGAUGGGCUUCUCAAGCUGCUGCUUUGAAAGAAACUGAAGCCAAUGGUGGCAAGAUAAGCAUUGGGCCCAAGCCAAAGCAGAUGAAGGAGGAUGACAAAGAUGAUGGCCUAGUUUAUAAAGGACCAAUAUCAUCAACUAUAAAGAAAGUGAAGCUUCUCUCUCUAUCCACCUGCUGCCUCUCUGUGUCGCUAGGGCCAGUGAUAACAUUCAUGACUUCACCUCAGAUGAAUGUGAUCCUCAAGGGAGCAGUUGCAUCCACCGUAAUUUUCCUUAGUGCCACUACAACUGCAGCCUUACACUGGUUUGUGAGCCCAUACAUUCACAAGCUCAGGUGGCGGCCUGGUUCAGAUAGCUUUGAGGCUGAAGUGAUGUCAUGGCUGGCUACUCCCCUCAAAAGGACAAUCAAGUUUGCCGAUGUUAGGCCUGCUGAGACGAACAGGCCUUUUGUCACUUUUAAGGCCGAGGGCAACUUCUACUUUGUUGAUGCUGAACACUUCUCGAACAAGGCUUUGUUAGCGAGGCUUACACCCCAGAAGCUUCCUCAUGAGUCUGCGUUCAAGAACUUGUGAGUGAAGGUUGAUCUGUUCCACUGGCCGAUGGCUGCACUAUAUGUUAGUACUGUUGUUUACAUUCCAUGUGGAGAUUUGCAAGCUGCAAGUGUCGAACAGUUUUUGUUUAGGAAACACCAUGAGGUCUGGUGUUGAGCCAGCACUUUGAAUAAGUAGAGGUAAGAUAUCCACUUGGGAAUUGGGAUGCCUUUAAACAUGCUUUUGAUCUGUAAUUGCUUUACUUCGCCUGUGUGUGGUCGUUAGCUUGAAAUCUGAUUGCUCAAGUGAUGGGCCGGUGCU